CUAGCUGCAAAGGCUGGGUGAGAGUGGGCAGUGCCAGCGAAGCUGAUGGGCGAGACAGACAAUGCACCACGUGGCCCCCCGUCAUUCCUCCCCCACAAGAUGAACCUGCUGCUCCGGGGGCUCCUCCUCUUCCUCAUCGGGGUGUUCCUGGCGCUGGUGCUGAACUUGCUGCAGGUGCAGAGGAACGUCACCCUGUUCCCGCCGGACGUGCUCUCCAGUCUCUUCUCCUCGGCUUGGUGGGUGCCCCUGUGCUGUGGCACGGCCGCGGCGGCCAUCGGACUCCUGUACCCCUGCAUCGACCGGCACCUCGGGGAGCCCCACAAGUUCAAGAGGGAGUGGUCGAGCGUCAUGCGCUGUGUGGCCGUGUUUGUGGGUAUAAAUCACGCCAGCGCCAAAGUGGACUUUGCCAACAACACGCAGCUGUCUCUCACUCUGGCCGCUCUCUCCAUCGGCCUGUGGUGGACAUUUGACCGCUCUCGCAGUGGCCUGGGCCUGGGAAUUGGAAUCUCUUUCUUUGCUACAGUCGUCUCUCAGCUCCUGGUGUACAAUGGGGUGUAUGAGUACACGGCCCCCGAUUUCCUGUAUGUGCGCUCCUGGCUGCCCUGCAUAUUCUUUGCUGGGGGGAUCACUAUGGGCAACAUUGGCCGGCAGCUGGAAAUGUACGAGCGAUUGGCCCUUGUAGAGAAAUCUCACCGGGACUGAUGGCAGUUGGCACAAGCAAGACACUGGCACAAUAAGGGUUUGUGGGCAGGACCUUGGCAUUACUGAGAGCUGGACAGGCACUCACUGGGGUUCGGUUGGACUCUUAAUUCCUUUGGAGGAAAAGUGACUUUUUCAGUUAAAGUGCAUUUAAUUGUAAUUGCCCCAGGGGUGGGUAUGCUGAUGGGCAUGAAUACCCCAAACCUUUCCAGGCUGGCGUUUGUACGGCCCAGAGACUGACUGUGUGAUCCCAGCGGGGGAGGAUUCGGGGGCAUAUUCAGGGGCUGGCAUUCACUCCAUGCCAGGGGGCGGGUUGGUGAGUACAGGGAACAGAGCAAUAGGGUAUAGACACCAUACUGGCAGGUUGCCGUCAGCCAUACAUACCAUUCAAACAUUGGCACGCUGUGUGGGCACAGGUGAGAGCACACUGAGGUAUAGAUGCCAAGCUGGCAUACAGUGGGUACUGGUGCAAGGUAGGGCACACUGUGUGAGUAUAGAUGUCAGUCAGACAGAGCACACUAUGGGUACAGAUGUCAGUCAAGCAGGGCACACUGUGGGUAUAGAUGCCAGUCAGGCAGGGAACACCAUGGGUAUAGAUGCGAGUCAGGCAGGGCACGCAGUGGGAAUAGAUGCCAGUCAGGCAGGGCACACUGUGUGAGUAUAGAUGCGAGUCAGGCAGGGCACGCAGUGGGUAUAGAUGCCAGUCAGGCAGGGCACACCGUGGUUAUAGAUGCCAGUCAGGCAGGGCACACCGUGGUAUAGAAUGGCCAGUUCAGGCAGGCACGCUGUGUGAGUUACAGGUGCCAGUCAGGCAAGGCACACUGUGGGUAUAGAUGCCAGUCAGACAGGGCAACCUGUGUGAGUAUAGGUGCCAUUCAGAGCAAGGCACGCUGUGGGAUAGAUGCCAGGCAGGCGGGCACACUGUGUGAGUAUAAGAUUGCCGUAGUCAGCAGGGCAACACCGUGGGUAUAGAUGCCAGUCAGGCAGGGCACACCGUGGGUAUCGAUGCCAGUCAGGCAGGGCACACCGUGGUUAUAGAUGCCAGUCAGGCAGGGCACACCGUGGUUAUAGAUGCCAGUCAGGCAGGACACACCGUGGGUAUAGAUGCCAGUCAGGCAGGGCACGCUGUGUGAGUACAGGUGCCAGUCAGGCAAGGCACGCUGUGGGUAUAGAUGCCAGUCAGACAGGGCACACUGUGUGAGUAUAGGUGCCAGUCAGGCAAGGCACGCUGUGGGCAUAGAUGCCAGGCAGGCAGGGCACACUGUGGGCAUAGAUGCCAGGCAGGCAGGGCACACUGUGAGUAUAGAUGCCAGGCAGGGCACACUGUGUGAGUAUAGAUGCCAGGCAGGCAGGGCACACUGUGGGUAUAGAUGCCAGGCAGGCAGGGCACACUGUGGGUAUAGAUGCCAGGCAGGCAGGGCACACUGUGGGUAUAGAUGCCAGGCAGGGCACACUGUGGGUAUAGAUGCCAGGCAGGCAGGGCACACUGUGGGUAUAGAUGCCAGGCAGGGCACACUGUGGGUAUAGAUGCCAGUCUGUAUUUUAUGUAAAUGUAACGUUUCUCUGGCUGCACAAGUGAAAGACAAGAAGGGAGAGAUCCGACCCCCCCAUUCUGCACAGAGCAAUAAAUCUGCUUUAUUUGGGGAAA